UGUAUAUGCGAUCUCUAUCCAACCCACAACUCUUUCAUCUCCCCUUUUACUUCAAAUACAACAUUGUGUUACUCUAAACACACAAGCUGACUGUGAUUGUCUUACCUUUGCUGUAGCACCUGUAUCAAUUGGUGACGAUUCGUUGCUUCCUUACAAGUUUGAUUUAAUAGAAGGAGGAAUAUUUCUACCUGGUAGCAGCUAUGGCACCAUUUUGAAAGAUAAUUUUUGUUUAAUUGUUAUUUUAAGAAAAAUAAUGGCAUUUCUAUAUCCGCCUAUUGACUACUAUUAUCAAAUAGUAUAUCAGGCUGAGGUACCAGGGAGUCAAUGGCAGAUGACAUUUUGUGCAUGUAAAAAUCUAGUGGGUUAUAAAGAUCAUAUUAGGGAUUCUUUUAAAAAUGGUAUCCAAGGCGUUUCAAAUACAUUUCAAUUUCAAGAACCUGAUGAACCAAUGGAAUUAGACAUUGGAGAAUGCAGGAUUGAAGGCUGGUCGAUAAUAUCUCAGUCUGCUGCCAAAAUUAGCAAAGAGACAAUUGAUAAGUGGAAAUAUUCUCGGGGUUCAUUUCCAAAUAUUAUUUUCACAAUCACUUCUAGUGAAGGAGCCAAAGAGAAUCUAGAACAUAAAGUACUGUUAAAAGGAAUUAAAUCUGACUCCGAUUAUUUCAAUAUUAUUGUGAAUACACAAAGAGAGGAUGCAUUUAAGUACCGUCAGGACAACCAGGAGCAGGAAAAUGCUCCUUUUCAUGAGUUAGUUUUAUCUGGCUAUGGAUUGCGAGCUACAUUUAGCGGCAUAAAUAGUAAAGUUGCAUUUGAUGUUUUAGCAACAAAAGAUGCAUUUAUCAAGGAAUCUUUUACCGACAUGACAUACUUGGCUGAUAAAAUGGUUGAAAGGAAUAUUAUUAGAGAUGACAGAAAGAGAAAAAUAGUCAAUGGUGCCCCAUGGCUUCGAUCUGAGCAAAUGCAAGAGUUGCUUAAUGAUUUGAAAGAUGCUGUUAAACUAGAUGGAAAGAUCUUUACAUGGUUUAUAAAAACUCUAAUUGAUCAUGGCACUGACCCAUCACAAGCUAUUGCUAAUAAAUUAUGGCAAAGUUAUGAAAACAAUAAUAAUAGUAAUAAUAGCAGCUCUAUUUGUUCCAACCCACCUGUAUUGAUAAUAUCGCUGGACGGAUUCAGAGCUGAUUAUUUGUACAGGGGUAUCACCCCUACCAUUAAAUCCUUUGCGUCCGAUGGUGUUCAAUCAGAAUACAUGACACCUGCUUUUCCAUCUCUCACCUUCCCUAAUCACUUCACCAUAGUAACGGGUCUCCACCCAGAGUCUCACGGUAUUAUCAGUAAUGCUUUUUUCAGUCGUGAGUUUAACGAGUCCUUCUACAUUGGAUCUAAAACCUCUAACGAUCCAAAGUGGUGGUUGGGUGAACCGAUAUGGGUGACGGCAGUCAAGGGUACUUUAAAAACAGCUGUUUAUUUUUGGCCAGGAUCGGAAGUACCUAUAGAAGGUAUUUUUCCUACUACCUAUUUCAACUAUGACAGUUCUGUGCCUUUUACCGAAAGAAUGGAAACCGUCCUAUCUUGGAUUGAACAGCCAGAUGCAACAAGGCCCCAGUUCAUGGCUGCUUACAUCAGUGAGCCAGACCACACUGCUCACCAAUAUGGCCCCAACUCUACAGAAGUUGAUGAUGCUCUUAAACAAGUUGAUAGCUCUGUCUCUGUUUUAAUUAAUGGGCUCAAAGAUAAGAAUCUGUACAAUUGCGUGAACAUUAUUAUAGUGUCAGAUCACGGAAUGGCUACAAUCGAUGAUAGCAAAGUUGUAGUACUAGUACCUCAGAUUCUACCUGAGGAAUAUACUGAUGAUGUACAGCACAGCAUUUAUGGAGAGCUCGCAAUGCUCUAUGUUACAGACUCAGAUCCUGAUCUGGUCAAUGAGAUAUAUCAUGUUAUGAAAGAGAAUGCUACAAGACUGAAGUCUCCGAUUGACAUUUAUUUACGAAAUGAAAUACCAAAGGAUUUCUUUGCUGGACAAUUUAAUAAAAAUCGCUAUGGUGAUAUUAUCAUUAUUGCUCACGUCUCUGGUUAUAUUAAGAUUAGAGAUGAUUUUCCAUCUUCGUUUAAUCUUAAAGGAGCACAUGGCUAUGAUAAUAAAAAUCCACUUAUGAGAGCUCUUUUCCUGGCGCAUGGUCCAAGUUUUAAGCCAAACUACAAGUCAGGCCCAGUCAAUAAUAUUGAUAUUUAUGAACUGAUGUGCCAUUUGUUGCAUUUGCCACCUUCGCCUAACAAUGGAACGCUUGCAAACAUCAGUAACAUUUUAAAAUGAAGGGAAGGCAGACUAUAAACAUUGUUUUUAACUCUUGUCCAAAUUUGUAUUGUCUAUAAAAAUUUGGUUAUAGGUGUGGCUAA